UUUCACUCAGGACGUUAAUGAGGAAGCACGGGCAUCGAGCGAUGGUCAUUUCUAUUACGUUGGUGUUAUGGUGUUAGCUUGACUAGGUAAUCUCUCUCUCUCCAAAAUAGGCAGCAGCGCGCAGUGAAUCUCUAGUGCCCUAUCUUUUAGCGCGACAGGCAAACGCGUUUUUAGUGGGCCCCACUUUACUUCUUCCGCCUUAAUGGUGCCUUGCAGUUAUUUCUGUAGCUUCACGACCUGCGUGCGAACUACCUGUCCUCAACGCCAUCGCAGUCAUAAAGCCCAACCAUGGCGAAGCGCGCGCGAGAAGAGCGAGAUAUUGACGGCGCCGACCGUCAGUCCAAGAACGCGAAAGUGGCAGUUGCUGAGAAAGCCGCGGCGGCGCUGGGAGCGGAACGGGGGAGACCGGAGGGUCAAGAAGAAGAACGACGUGAGACCGCGGCGACAUCGACGAGCCACACAACCCCAGAGACAGACAGCGCUAGAGAGGAUAGCGGAAAGCAGCGAGGCGCCUCUGUCCCGGUUCAAGCGUCGCGCUUGGAGGGUCUCCCAGCGGAGCUCGUGGAGCAGGUCCUCGACUCGCUGGACACGGCUUCAAAAGCCACCCUCAUUCAUGCCAUGGGUCGACAGCCGGGUACCUCCCACGGCUUCUUCUACUUGGGCUCGUUCAUGUCCCUGACGAUUGGCAAAAACGGCCUUGAUGGCGCGAUUCUCGACACACUCCCGAACUUCCUUGCUGAGACAAAGCAUUUACACUUCUCCGUCGGUCCGUAUUCCCGCGCGCAAACAGAUCUGAGGCAUGUGCUCGCAAUGAAGCCUCCCAAAAAGCUGCGACUCUUGACCUUCCAAGACGGCAGCCGACUAGAUAAGAAUUCCGCGUGGGCCUUGAGGAAUGCAGCCCUCAGGUCAGGCCUCCGCCUGCUCCACGUUCCCUCCCGAUGGUAUACGAGCUAUUCCAAUUCGCGAAAGCUGUAUGAGGAUCUCACGAUUGAGAUUCGCACGAGAGUACCAGCUGCCACCGGCUACAUCGACCGAGAGAUAGUCAUACACCCGGAAGCAUGCCCAAACGUAUGCUCCGAAAUCAUCGGAUCUGAGCCCGCCGCUGCCGCACUAGCAAUAACGUAUUCCCCUACGCUCGACGUCCAGUCUGAUAACCGACCUCCCCUUCAUACCGUACUGCGGUCACUGAAGUGGCGCCGUUCUCCCUGCCUGACCUCGCUCCGCUUGGAAUCCGUGGACCUCUGCGGUUGGGAUGCCUCGCUCACCUACAACAAGGGCACUGAUCGGAUCAUAUUCUCUAGCCUGCGACGGUUGGAGAUGAAUGAAUGCAAGAACGAGGACCAGUUCUUCGACUGGAUGUACCAACAUUGCAGAAUGCAAAUGCAGACGCUGGUGUACUCGAUGCGAAAGAAGCCAGCCCACCAGCCGUUUCCCCAGCUGUAUGCUGAGGAGAUAAAUGUAUUCACUAAGCUAAUGCGCUCAUUCACGGGGCUGAAGACUCUCUCAUGGCACAUCCCGCAAAACGCCCACAAGAAGACCCUUCGCGAAGUUCGUCGUGACAUCUGCGACGGCACUCUCCUAGGGCGCCAUGUUACGUUGAAAGAGCUGGAAAUUGUUCUCGGGAGCGAACAGUUGAAUGCUGGGGAGAGGCGGGCGGCGAGGUCACAUUGCCCGGGGCUGAGGGAACCUGGCCAGGGUUAGAUGAAGCAAAGGAUCAUCUCCGUUCC